AUGUUCAUCUUCGCUCUCUUACCACCUCUGCCGCCCUUCCUUUUCUCGGCACUCGUCGUGAGUGGCCUCGCCUCCAAGGCCUUACACAUUGCGCUACACAUUCAUUCCUUACCAUUCCUCUACUUCGUCCUCUACUCCCCAACCCUCAUUCUAUCAGAUGUGUUGGUUAUCAUAUUCGUGCGGGUCUUGUUGCGCUUCCAUGCGCCAGAAAAUCGAUGGCAAUGGCUCUCGACUGCGUUGGGAGGGGUGCUGUCCCUGAUCACAUGGGGUGCUUCCUCCAUCCAGUUCGGAUUCUUUAUGCAGACCGGGGCCGAGGUCGCCUGGGCAGCUGGCGGUAGCUUCCUGAGCGAUCCCGCGGCCAUGAAAAUUCUCCUCAGCGGUAUCUCGACUGUAUCUGCUGCGGCAACCGUCCUGGGACUGGUGGCGUGGUUGCUUCAUUCACAUUUGUACAACGUCACCGGUCUCGGCUUGCAGGCAAUCCGAGACCUAUGCGUGGGGGGUUUCAGAGCGCGUUAUACCUUGAUUUCCGCCCCAAGCAAAUCGUGCAUGGCCUCAAUGGACCUCCGGUCAUUCCUUUGCAUUAUUCCUGCAGUCGCCAUUUGUGUCUCGCUCGUUUUCUUGGAACUCACCAGGCCCGCUAUACCGUAUGACCAUCUAUCCGGAGCUCUGCCGCUGACACUACUCGAUGCUUUCCAGAAAAAAACAGCGACAGUGGAGGGAUGCCGUGCGCCUGCCAUUCCAUUCCCUUUAUUAAUCGCGGACCAGAAUGGGGUCUCUCGUCCUCAGUUCCAGUCGGACUCGACGUUUGUGGAACAAUGGUCACGAGCUACAUGGCUUCCCGAAGACCCUCCCCGAGGAUUCAGCCGCUGGGAUCUCAGUCCCAGCGAUCGUGCAGAGAAGGAUAAUCAUUAUUCUUUUGUCUGUGAUGGUGGUGAAGGAUUCUACGAUCCAAAGGAUGACCCGCUAAUGGUCACGAAUCUGGACGGUGAAAUUUACGAACCCUUGCAGAAGGCGUUCAAAGAGCACUCUGUUGAGGUCAAUCACAUAGUGCUAUUAACUCUUGAAAGUGGCCGCAAGGAGCUUUUCCCCACACAACAGGGCACCCCCUUGUUCGAUGCUCUUCUCGCCUCCCACAAGACAGAAAAGAUCAACGAGGCAAUCGAUCGUCUGGUCACAAUGACCCCAGUCGCUCAACAGUUGACUGGUGAAUACGCAACUGAUAGCAAGGGGGAGAAGGUCGACUUGAGCCACUCUCCGUGGCAGACCCCGCCACAAGAAGGUAUGGGUGGACUUAAUGUCCGUGGUGCCAUGACGGGUAGCUCCUUGACUUUCAAAAGUGUUUUGGGAAGUCACUGCGGUGUGAACCCUCUACCGGUGGACCUGCUGGAGGAGUCUUUGCUCGAAAUUUAUCAACCAUGCUUGCCCCAGAUUUUCGAUCUGUUCAAUCAAGGCAAGUCACAAUCGGAGCAGCGCCGCCAGAACUCUUCUUCUGAAGGCAAAUCCCCGGCUCUAAAGUACCCCUGGAAGUCUGUCUUCAUGCAGUCAAUUACCGACGACUAUGACCGUCAGGACGUUCUGAACGAAAACAUGGGCUUUAAGCACAAGGUCGUUAAAAGUAAUCUGAAAUCCCCCCGCGCGAAACACAAAGCUCAAGGCGAAGAGAUCAACUACUUUGGAUUUGCGGAGACAGAGCUCCGACCCUAUGUGUUGGAUCUCUUCGAGGAGGCUGCAAACAACAAGACCCGCAUGUUCCUUUCACAUGUCACCAGCACAACCCACCAUCCCUGGAGUACCCCAGACGACUUCGAGAAAGAACCAUACAUGAGCAACCAGGGAAGCAUCAACCAUGACCUGAUGAACAACUACCUGAAUGCCGUGCGCUUCGUGGAUAUCUGGCUUGGCGACAUCAUGACCAUGCUGGAGCAAACAGGUAUUGCCAACGAGACUCUAGUUGUUGUCGUCGGCGACCAUGGCCAAACCUUUGGCGAAGAUAAUAAGGAUAUGACCGGCACAUACGAGAAUGGCCACAUUAGCAACUUCCGUGUACCCUUGGUCUUCCACCACCCGCAUAUGCCUCGAGUGGACAUCACCGCCAACGUGACCACGCUCUCCAUCGUCCCCACCAUUCUGGAUCUUCUCGUCCAGUCGAACUCCCUGGACGAGCGCGAUUCCGAGAUCGCCUCUUCCCUACUCCCAGAGUAUCAAGGCCAGUCUCUCAUACGUCCCUUCCUCUCUUCUAUAGAAGAACCACCUCACCGCCGUAACUCCCACCAUCCCCCACAUGAGCACCCAGAACAUGAGGGAGAAGCCAUCCAGCCCGAAGCAUGGUCUCAGACAAAGAUCCCAGCUAAUCGUUCGGUUUGGAACAUGGGAUUGAUCAACGCUGGUGGCUCAAUGCUCUCUGUCAUGGCAGCCGAUGUCCCCUACCGUCUCAUUCUUCCCCUGAAAGAUGGGUUUGAAUAUACAUUCACCCACAUUGGCGAAGACCCCGGGGAAACUCACCCCAUCAAGGCAUGGACUCUUGCGGCCCUCAUCGAAGAUGUUACGCCUAAAUUUGGCGAAGAGUCUGCUAAGUGGCUUGCUGAUGCUGAGCUAGUCGGCAAGUGGUGGGUGAAUGAACAAAAACGCAUUUGGGGUUACCGUGAAGCCUAA